UGGUCAGAUGGCGAUCGUAAGUUCGUCCUUCAAGUUGUCAUGCCUUAUCUUGAGCAGUACGGCUACAGGCUCUUCGUCCCCGAAAUACACACAGUACCCUCCAAUGUUCUUCUGGAGGAGCUCAGUAAAGCAAUGGAGGCAAGUCGUCGCUGCGUCUUGGUCAUCACGCCAAGCUACACCACCUCUGAGUAUGGCAAGUACGAGUUGGAGCUUGCCACGGACAUCAUGUCCUCCAAAUUGUCUGAGCGGGUCAUCCCCAUCUUCUUGGGUGUGUCUCCAUUUGCUGACCCGUCACCGCUGUACGGCUCGGAACCCUCACUGACCUCCUUGUCUUCUGAUUCGUCAUUCACCAUGCCAUCCUCCCUUUCCGGUUCCUCGCAGCCAUCUUCACUGUCAUCUGAUUGCCAAACUGAUGAGGCACAUCCUUCCACCUCGGGGACACCGCAGGAUGGGAUCUCGUCCCUCACGUCAUCCCACACAUCAGCAAACUCUGGGGCCUCAUCUUCCAAGCCGGUCAAGAUUAACUUCAACUUCAGCCCGUUGCUUGGACAGCUCAUCAAAGUCCUGAAGCCACUAAAGACUGACAGAAUAGAACCUUACCGUCCCUGCAAUCACUCAAGAUUCCUGAAGAGGUUGAGACUGCGCUUGCCAAAGCCCCCUGCCCAGCGGGCCGAAGAUAUAAACCUGCGUCAAGAUGUCAUCAUGGAGACAAUGUCACAAACCAGCGACCUCGUGGACAAUGAAGUACUGCCUGACAUGCGAGAGGAAGAUGUGGGUUUCAGAAUGCAGACUCUCCCCAGGUUGUACCCAGUUGUACCCAAUGACAACACACAGAAUGACGGCAUAUACAUGUAAUUAAGUGAAGGUAUGCACCCAGAUUUACCCAUGUAGUGCUGAUCCCACUUCUGCCACCAACCUCUUGAUUUCAGUAAUCCAUGACAGAUUGAAGAACCAUGCCAGUUAUGACAAAAGAGGUACUUAGACUGACAAAUAGCCUAAAAUUUGCUGAGAGAUAAUCAUCAGUGAAAUUUUAUUCAGCAACGUUUUGUUCAUAUUUUCAUCUGGAGGGAUGCCUCAGAGCUGUCAUUUUUUAAAGAAAAAUGCGGAACCCCACCAUUUUCAUGCUUUUUGGGAAUUGUUAUAUUAUUCUCUACCUUUCAGAUUCCUGCAAAAAUUCAAACGUAGGACCCUUCAGAAAGUUAAAUACAGUUCUCAAUAAUCAGUCACUGUGCAUAAAAGUCACUCCAUUCCCGACCCUAAAUGUUGGAUCUAGAGCAGUUAAAGUGAACCAUGAAAUAUUCAAACCAACUUUAAACUGAGAUGUACAGGUUUUUUUCUUAAUGAAUUAUGGAAUGUAUAUUUCCUAUCUUACACAGAAUUAAUUUGAACUUAUGUAUAAAUACGUCACAUUGUAUAUUUCUAUGAUUUAUCAUCAUCGUGAUUUUGGCCAUUGCAAGUACCCAGCUGUCUAUAAAUACACUUGGUCAAGAAAAAUGUAGAACAUUAUGUUGCGCGUAUAAAAUGUCUUGCAUUUUAACUUAAAAACUCAAAAUAUACUCCAGAACGUAAAGUUGCAGUGUGUAUGUUACAUUUAACUCAUUGCUCGUGAGAUUAGCUAGAAUUUUCCCAUUGGUCAAGUUGCAGUAAGAUGCAUUGAUUAUGACAAAGUUAACAGCAAAAACAUAAUUUCUGUGUUACAAUGUACUUUCUAAUUCUGUUCUCAGUGAUGGUUGAUUGAUAUUAGCGUGUAUUGGUUUCGGAUUAGACAUCUAGUCUACGCCAACAGUUUUCAUUUGACACAAAACCCUUUAGUUAAGAGACGAUUAAAGUCAAAUGAUGUACUUAGUUUGCAAGUGCAUGCAGUCAUUCGGUUCAAAUUAAACAUUUAGAACAAUGUUUUAGCUCAAA